AUGUGGUACAGAUCUCUAGGAACUGAAUUCUUGACGGGCGGUGGAGAUAAGAGGGUGCCUAGACACCCGGGUUCUGAAAAGCCAUUCUCAUUAAUCCCUCCCUGCUCUCCUGGCUCGCUUCUUGGCUCUUGCAUUGCAUUUCAUCUUGGCCAGCCCGGCCGCGAGAUCAACUCACAAGGUUCAGCGGAGAUGCGCCUCGUGUUCUGCGCGGCCCUGAUCGCCGCAGCCGGAGUCAUCUCAAGUGCGGGUGCAGAUGACGCGUUCCUCCUAGGGCACCACGACGACGGCGCAGCUGCCACCGGCCGGAGCCGGAGGUUGUCGCAGGCCAGGAGACCAUGCCCGGUGGACUUCGCGGCAGCCAACUACACGGUGCUGACGAGCCGGUGCAGGUGGCCCCCGUUCGAUCCGGCGCCGUGCUGCGCGGCAUUCAAGGACUUCGCGUGCCCGUACGCCGACUACAUCAACGACGUCGUCAACGGCACCGACUGCGCCACCGUCAUGUUCCAUUACAUCGACCUUCAUGGUGGCUACCCGCCGGGCGUCUUCUACCACAACUGCAGGGAAGGGCCCAAGGGCCUCAAAUGCCCCGACGGCAUCCCCGAAUAA